UUUGACCAAUGAGCGUUGAGGACGUAGCAGCGGCGUUAUAAAGGCCAAGGUGACAACACGUCGCUGCUUCCUUCAUUGAUUGCUGUUGGAAACAAGAACAGCUAAUUCCGGAUCUUCAAAUACCCAAAAAAAUCCGGUUCCAACCAUGUAUGCCUGCGCCAAGUUUGUAACUUCGCCUGCUGUGAUGCGUGGGGGGUCCAGAGUCCUCACCCGGCCAAUCUCCGUCUCUCUGUUCAACAGACCUGAAGCUACAGUGGAGCAGCAGGCUCUGUUACCAGUUAGUCAAUCUGCAGUUCUGACCAGAUCCUUCCAGACUAGUGCUGUGUCGCGGGACAUCGACACUGCUGCUAAGUUCAUUGGUGCUGGUGCUGCUACAGUCGGCGUGGCUGGUUCAGGAGCUGGAAUCGGUACAGUGUUUGGAAGCCUCAUCAUUGGCUAUGCCAGGAACCCCUCCCUGAAACAGCAGCUGUUCUCCUAUGCUAUCCUGGGAUUUGCUCUGUCUGAGGCUAUGGGUCUGUUCUGUUUGAUGGUGGCGUUCCUCAUCCUGUUUGCCAUGUAAUCCUAGAAACGCAUCUCUGUUUCCCCUCCUUCCCUUCCUUACUCCUUUCCAUCCAGAGGGUGUUUCCAGAACAAGAACUGGGAGCAAGCUGACAGCCAUUCCAAUCACAGAAAGAGAAUAUUGAAAAAACACGGAUUACGCAAGGCUGACAAAACCUCAUACUAGCUUUUUAUGUUAAACACAUUUUUGUUUUGUUUUAUGUAAAACCUCACUGGAGUUUAAAUAAUAAAUAAAAGGUUGGAUAAUUAAA